UACUGCCAGGAAAGGUGAGCUCAGGCAGAGACUCUGGGGCAGUCUUGUGGCUUGGAGGGACUGGGUCUCCUCCCACACUUCCCUCAUUCACAGACCCACCUUUUAGAUGGCCUCUGAAGGGUGACCUCAAAUGCCAGCCUGACUGCAACGGAACUGAUCUAAGGCAAACAACCGCAGAUCGCCGGUAGUUCCAGGAGCCCAGCCACCAACUUGGACCUCAGCUCCUGCCUGCAGCCAUGCUGGCCCCCCGCCUGCUCGUGUUGGGCCUGCUCACUGCCGUGCCCCCGGCCAGCUGUCAACAAGGCCUGGGAAACCUUCAGCCCUGGAUGCAGGGCGUCAUCGCUGUGGUUGUGUUCCUAGUCCUUGUUGCAAUUGCCUUUGCUGUUAACCACUUCUGGUGCCAGGAAAAGCAGGAGCCUGGGAACAUGAUGAUGACAGUUGGAAACAAGGCGGAUGGCGUCCUGGUGGGAAUGGAUGGCAAGUACUCUUCAAUGGCAUCCAGCUUCCGGUCCAGUGAGCACAAGAAUGCCUAUGAGAAUGUCCUCGAGGAGGAGGGCAAGGUCCGAAGCACGCCCAUGUGACAUGCUCCCCGUGACCCCAACCCCAAGGCUGUCUGGGACCUGGGAUCAGUGGCCAAUGCCUCUACCACCCACUGCUCUGCAGGAGUCUACAGUGUUGGAUUGGCUUCAUGGCCCUCCUGAGUCACCCCCAGCCCAGACUGUGGUUGUGCAGUCUUCCUAGGAUCUCCCACUCAAUUCUGAAGAGCUUUUGAAGAGACAGCCGGUUCAGCACCUCUACCCCACCUUCCAUCUUAAUGUAACCAUGGAACUGGCCCUUAUUUCUGUGAAAUAAAGACUUUUUAUACUUCUGA